GUGGCCAGCCUUUUUGAUCCGGAAAAAAAAAAGUUGAAGCCCCAUACUCCACCUAUCUUUUCACACUAGCAGUUAUUAUCACAAACUUCACGACCCACCAUGGACGUGGAGUCUAGGAUACCACAACCGCUGCCGCAUGCGCCAUCGUCGAACGGCAAACAAUCUCCGGUUACCCGUCUCAAUGACUACGUGGCAGAAAGCCGAGUCGGCAAGCGUUUCAAACUCAAAGAACGUAAUACUAACUUCACCACUGAGCUUCGUGCUGGAACUACGACUUUUCUUACCAUGGCGUAUAUAUUGGCUGUCAACGCCUCUAUCCUCUCGGACUCCGGCGGUACUUGUUCAAUUUCCGAUUGUAUUCCAUUAUGCUCCGACCCUACUAUCCCGCCGAUAAACUGCACCAACAAUACUAAUCUCCGUUUAAUCACUCCUGAUGUUUCCUGUAAAUUUGCACCUGUUAACCCAGGUUACGCUGCCUGCCUUGAGAAAACCCGGAAAGAUCUGAUUGUCGCAACGGUGGCUUCUUCUCUCAUCGGAUGUGUUAUUAUGGGUGUUUUGGCCAAUUUGCCAUUGGCAUUAGCUCCUGGAAUGGGAACCAAUGCCUACUUCGCCUACACGGUUGUUGGUUUUCAUGGUUCAGGAAAUAUUUCCUAUCAAAGUGCAUUAGCCGCAGUUUUCAUCGAAGGCCUCUUGUUUUUACUCAUUUCGGCAAUUGGUUUGCGGGCCAAGCUAGCUAAGCUAAUCCCGAAACCAGUCCGAAUCUCCGCCGGCGCCGGUAUUGGGCUUUUCCUCGCCUUCAUUGGCCUACAAAAUAAUCAAGGUAUUGGGCUCGUUGGGUACAAUUCAUCAACACUGGUCACCCUCGCGGGCUGCCCGCUAUCAUCCCGGGCAGGAGUAGCUCCGGUAAUGGCCUCCGUAAACGGAACCAUGACUCUCAUCUCCGGGGGCACCGUUUCCGGUGAUAUCCUAUGUUUGCAUGAUCGCAUGGAGAACCCUACACUUUGGCUUGGUAUAGUUGGAUUCAUCAUAAUUGCAUACUGUUUGUCUAAAAACAUUAAAGGUGCAAUGAUUUAUGGCAUCCUCUUCGUCACGGCAGUCUCAUGGUUCAGAAAUACCAAAGUAACCGCUUUCCCCAACACUCCGGCAGGGGAUUCGGCGUUCGAAUAUUUCAAAAAAGUGGUGGACGUUCACAAAAUUGAGAACACAGCAGGGGCAUUGAGUUUCAAAAGCAUAGGUAAAAGUUACUUCUGGGAAGCUUUGGUAACUUUCUUGUACGUAGAUAUAUUAGAUACAACUGGUACACUGUAUUCAAUGGCACGUUUCGCCGGUUUCGCCGAUGGAAACGGCGAUUUUGAGGGGCAAUAUUUCGCCUUCAUGUCAGACGCAUCAGCUAUUGUUGUCGGAUCACUGUUAGGAACGUCACCAGUAACGGCGUUUAUUGAAUCGUCAACGGGUAUAAAGGAAGGUGGGAGAACAGGGAUGACGGCGUUAACGGCGGCUAGCUGUUUCUUCCUGGCGUUUUUCUUCACGCCGUUACUAGCAUCGAUACCGUCGUGGGCCGUCGGGCCGCCGUUAAUAUUGGUUGGAGUAAUGAUGAUGAAGUCUGUGGUGGAAGUAGAGUGGGAUGACAUGAGGCAGGCUAUUCCGGCAUUUGUGACUUUGAUUUUGACGCCGUUAACUUAUUCAAUUGCUUAUGGUUUGAUUGGUGGAAUCGGGACUUUCAUUGUUUUGCAUUUAGGGGAUUGGAGUCUUGGGUGGUUGAGGAAAUUGGGGGUAAUUACGGGGUCAAGUAGUAAUAUUGCGGUUUUGGAUAAUGGGGCCAAGGAGUUUACAUAUAUUUAAUUGUGUAAAGCAUAUUGAGUUGAUUGAUUAGAUAUGACUUAUAUUUGUCUUUUAGCAGUUAUCUUUUGUAUGUUAGUGGUUUUUAGAAGAUCGAA